UUAUUAAAGUUUGCACGCUGGCGGGCAGGAGUGGCAGGCCCCGCGUGCGAAAGUUGAAACUACCGAAGGCCUGCGGGUUGUGGGCGUGGGGCGGUGUAUGUGCUUUACGCGGAACGUAACAAGCUUUCGGACGUCGCUGCGUCUUUCAAGACUGAUCGGACCAUGUAUUUACUCAUAACAGUGGUGGGCUUGUUAGCCAGUGUGCGUGCUUUCAACUUGGAACCGAGGCUACCUCUUCUGAAGCAGGGGACCAAGGGCAGCUACUUUGGAUACUCCGUCUCCGAACAUCAGACUGUCGAAAACGGCGUGACCAUCGAAAGCCUGAUGCUCGUUGGAGCACCUCGAGCUCAGACAAGCCAACCAGGCACGAACCGGUCUGGUGCUGUCUACCGUUGCCCCAUGAGUACACGGUACGAUGACUGCACACAACUUCCCGUAGAGAAUGAGACAAAGGCGCCUGAUAAAGAGGUGCUGAAAGACGACCAGUGGUUGGGUGUCACUGUCCACAGCCAACGUCCUGGAGGUUCCGUUCUGGCAUGUGCCCACAGGUAUGUCAACAAGGGUGCGACCUACCGGUGGGGCCGAGGUAUCUGCUACACGCUUAGCCAGUUCCUAGAUCUGCACCGAGCUUGGGAACCUUGUGAAAACCGGCCGGUUGACAAGGCACAUGAACAGUUUGGCUUCUGUCAGGCUGGAACCAGUGGCGUGAUUUCAGAGGACUCGACCAUUGUUUUGGGUGCUCCUGGUCCCUACACAUGGAAGGGAACAGUCUUCACUAUAACAGUGAAACGGACAUUGCGUGACUGGGCUUGGUCUGUCAGUCCAUUCUUGGAUGAAGAGGCACCAGUUGAAAAGUACAGCUACCUUGGAAUGUCAGUAACAUCAGGCAAAUUUUUUGACAACAAUAUGCAAUAUGUGGCUGGGGCACCUCGCUCAAAUGGAACUGGAAAAGUGGUGUUUUUCGGCAAGGAGAAGGGCCUGUCAAACCUGCGCACACUGCUUAUUCUGAAUGGAGAGCAGUUUGCUUCAUCCUUUGGCUACUCACUCACAUCGCUGGAUCUCAACAAAGAUGGACUGGUUGAUCUUGUCGUGGGUGCUCCGUUCUAUCAUGGCAAAGGUGAAGGAGGCGCUAUAUACAUCUACCUCAACUCCAAAAAGGUAGCUAAGACACUAAGCUACAUCAAGCUUAUUGGGAAAGAUGAGUCCAGGUUUGGAUUUGCUCUGUCGUCAGCUGGAGAUGUCAAUCGUGAUGGAUAUCCUGAUCUUGCUGUUGGUGCGCCAUACGAAAGUGGGGGUGGUGCCAUCUACAUAUAUUUGGGAUCAGCAGAUGGCAUUGUCAAGGAACCAUCUCAGGUUAUACGUCCACGAGACCUUCCAAACGAGAUAAAAGACAGGGUUAGCACACUGGGCUACUCACUGUAUGGAGGCAUGGAUUUGGAUUCUAAUGGCUAUCCUGACCUUCUUUCGGGCAACUAUGAGGCAGACAGCAUAGUUCUCUUCAGGGCUCGUCCAAUCAUUGACAUCAGUACCAGAGUCAAAGGGACGCUGCAGAACAUAGACCCUGCAUUGCAGGGCUGCCCAGAUGACCCCGACAGUCGUUAUGUGUGUUUCUCCUUCGAAGCCUGCUUCCAGUUUCUGCACAGCACUAUGCCCAAGCUGCGCAAUGGCACUGAGGCGGCACUGUUGCUCAACUACCGUAUCGAGGCUGAGACGUUCACGGGCAAGAAGUAUUAUCGUGUCCGCUUUAAUGCGUCUGCCAACUCGGAGCAUCCCAACAUCGUGGAGCGGGAACUGGAAGUUCCAUGGUAUGCUGCAGGCAGGGAACAGUGUUCGAAGGAACUGGUCUACCUCAAGGACAAGUCUGACAUUCAGAGUGCGAUAAAGAUGAAACUCAGCUAUUCGCUGGUUCAGAGGGUGCCUCGACUCCCAAUUCCUGGUGCCUCCCUGCCUGACAUUGAUCGCUUUCCAAUCCUGAACCAGAAGGAAGCCUCUAGGGUCUUUGAGGCACGCUUCCUCAAGAACUGUGGAAGCAAUGACAUUUGUGAAAGUGAUCUCCACGUCCAACCUAAAUUACUCCUGCCCAAGGAGGAAGGAGUUCCUGUGUUGUUCCUUGGCGAAGAACAUGUCAACAUGUCAGUGAGAGUGCUCAACCGGGGUGAACCAGCCUACGAUGCGGCUCUAUACAUCUUCCACUCACCUGCAUUAAGCUAUGUUGGCCGCAAGCUUCUGUCCACAGGCCUGGAUGUUGUUGAUUGUGUUCCUCAAUCUACACAUGUUAAAUGUGAGCUUGGAAAUCCUCUCAACCAGGGCGAGGUCGAGAUACUUCUUCGGUUUAAUACUCGCAGUGAGGCCGAUGCUGAAACUAGCCUGAAAUUUACCAUCAAGGCUAAUACUACAAGCCAAGAAGUGAGCCCACAAGAAGACCUGGCUAUAAACGUUAAUGUUGUUCGUGUUGCAGAACUUGAACUUAGAGGAGCCACCCAACCAGAACAGGUUUGGUAUGGAGGUGCUGUUGUUGGUGCACAUGCCAUGAAACAUUUUGAUGAAAUCGGCAGCAAGGUUACCCACACCUAUCAGGUGUUCAACCAUGGUCCUUGGGCUGUACCCUCUCUUGAUGUGGUUGUUUCCUGGCCAUAUGAAGCUGAAAACCAGCAGCAGCAUGGAAAAUACCUCCUAUAUGUGACUGAUGUUCCUCAGGUGGCUGGGGAUGGAGAAUGCUUCAUGGAAGAGGGUCAGGUUAACCCACUUGGAUUAAAGGACCGACCCAGUGCUAUAACUGCUGCCAGUCGCACGAAGAAACGCGAAAAAAGGGAGAUAGUUAUCUCUCCUGAGGAGGUGCGCCUUGAGGGCAAGACUGUCAGGCUUGUCACAAUGAACUGUCAUAGGGGCAGCGCCAAGUGCUUCAAGUUUCGGUGCAGCAUUCGUAAUCUCAAGAAGCAGUCAUCUGCUACAGUCACCAUUGCAGCUAGGCUGUGGAAUGCUACUCUUGUUGAGGACUAUGCUGCAGUUGACCAGGUCAGCAUAUUAUCCUCUGCUGAAAUCGUUCUUGAUUCAUCCCUGGAGAUUCGACAGAAGGAAGAGGACGACUAUGCAGAGGCAGAAACAAGGGCUUACCCUGAUGCAAGCUUGUACCAGAAGACAGAAGGUGUGGCACUUUGGAUCAUCAUCCUUGCCAUUGUUGCAGGAAUCUUGCUACUACUGUUAGUCAUCUUCAUCCUCUACAAGUUGGGCUUCUUCAAACGGAAACGUCCAGCUGAUGGCUACUCCCCGGCACCUACAUCAGACAAGGAUUUUAAUGGCACAUAAUGAAGAAACAGUAUGCAUCAACGACAUCCGAGCCAAGUGGAACGAGUAUGACAUCCGUCCGGGCGUGCUGUCCAUGUGCACCUUCCUAGCCAACCUUGGGUCAAGGUCUGCUGAUAGCUACAUGCCCAGCGGUGCCUAUGUCAAGCCGCUAACCUUCAUUAAUUUCUUACUGUCUUCAGUGCUUUCAUUUUCAGUACUUUACAACUACUGAGAGUCAUCUUGCUCUAGCAUUUCAUUCUACAGCUUGUUGCUUUCAGCCGGUGAGCUAGAGAUUUUUUUUUCAUGUAUAAAACUUACAUGAGCUUGCUUCCAGCAAGCUCAUGUAAGUUUUUGAAAAUGUUUCUAUAAGUAAGGGUAAGCAAAGUGCAGGUGUACUUUCCUAAUGCUGCUGGUACACAUCUAUAAAAAAAAUUAUGACGCAUGACUGUGACAUGCUCUAAAAGUUUCUAUAAUUAUAUAGCCAUAUUUCACUAGACAGUAAUUUUAUACCGUGGCAUGUUCAUGUGCAAACACAAGUAUAUAUCUGAGGCCACAAGUGCUACAGAAAGAACUUUCCUUGCAGUUUGGGUAUGCAACCUGAAAUCAACUGUUAUAACCAUGUGUCAGUUCAACCAACACAUAGUUUAUCAAAAGAGUUCCCUAUUACAUAGAUGUGCUAAAAUAGAUUAAAUAAUUUUCUGUUUACAUGUCAUGGCCUGUAGACUUUUGUUAUGACUGUACAUGGUAGCAAUAAUAUAAAAGUAAGCAAAGGUUAUAAGUUUUUCCUUGUCAUAUUGCGAAUCUGUUGUGCCAUGUUUUCUGAAAAUGUGCAGCUCAGUGUGACGAGUGCUGGAGUAAAACAGAAUACCUAUUGCAUGGCUUGACUUUCCAGCAUGCGUUGAUAGUGUUAUGGCCUCAGCAGCCUGUGAUGUUUUGAAAAAUGCGAAAGGUAUGUGCCAGUAACAACAGCACUCUUAUGCGACCUCACACCCACCUGUGUCCUAUUCUACGCAUUCUUCUGGAACUAGUAGUAGUACAUGCUAAAUGCUUUGGUACAUGCUGUGACACCAGUUAAGUCUCGUUUCAGCCUGUGCACCGUGCAUGGCAAUUGACUUUUUGAUGGGUUGGACAAGGUGAUGACACCUUUCACAACUACUGAAUGGUACAUGCUUCAGGAAAUUCUUGGUUUCAAUAACAUGGCUCUCAGUAACAAGCUUCAUUCGUAACAAGCAACCAGAUACUAUAAUGAUGCUUUUGCAUUUUGCCUGUUUCUUUUUAUCUUUUCACUUCUGAAACAUAUUUCGCUGCCAUUUCUUCUUUUUUUUUAUGGCCCAUACUGAAGUGAUAACACAUAUUCAUUUUGAUUUCACGGUCGUAAGACGAUGCAUUUUUGCAAUGUAACACUUCGAGUUGCCGAAAGCACCAGUACUCGGGUGGUACCGCUGUCAGUGUUUCUAAAGUCUAUCAUAAGGGACUAGACCUGUCUUCUACAUUUUUUUCAUGUUGUCCUGUACAGAAAGAAAUCUAUGCUUAUUUAUUUAAAUGCUAGGCUUUCUAAUCGUGGAGAUGUGCAUAUGAAUGUGUUGUUAGUAGUGCAAGCUUUGUGAACAGUGCACUUACUGUCGUGCUUAAAUUUCUUCAUGGAGAGGGUGGAGCCUGUUGAUUUGCACGCAUCCUCUCUACUCAUUUCACUGCCAUAGCAUUUCCACAAACUAUACUGGAAUGCAAGUCCUAUUGUGGGGGGCCUCGCGUGGUGGAGUGACAGAAGCAGGCAGCUGAGAUUCAUUUGUCAUCUGUGACCACGUUGCUGUUAAAUGGAGUUGAAUGCCACACUGCCACUCUUGUAGAUGUAGGUGAGGUUGGCAUCACUGCCACCAGUAGGAACAGGUGUUGCACACUUACAAGGUGGGGUAACAAAAAUAAAUCAAAGUAAUGUACUCUGAAA